AUCCAACUUGUUGCUGACCCCAAACCAAAACUAUACAGCCACGUUGCCACGCAGUUAAUAAUAGGCCACACCAUGUAUUGCCAUGUUUCAUCAAACUCUUUUUUUUAUCCUUUUUACCACUCUUCUCUUCAUCAUAAAUUGGAGGGUAAGUGAAUAACCAACCUACCCCUUUUAGAUUUCAUUCCUUUGGGAGCAGCCAAGGAAAGGAAGAUGAAUGCAUUGGCAUCAUCACAAUGCAGCAGCGGGUGUGAGUCUGGUUGGACUCUAUACCUGGAGCAAUCUCUCCAGCUGAAUCACAAUGCCUUUUCACAUGCAAGUUCCCAGUUUGAUGGUGAAGAUAACGACGAAUACAAAGACAAGAAAGCUAAAAAGGAGGAGGCUGAGGAAGAGGACCUGUCCAUGGUCUCUGAUGCUUCUUCUGGGCCUCCACACUUGCCAGAUGCACAAGAUAAUGGCAGCUUUUACUCUGCAUCUAAGGCAGCAAAACUUGGCAAGAGAAGUAAGAAGAGGCAGAAGGUUAAGGAAUACCAACACCUUCCUUCUUUUCUUGAUGACACUGCUAGCUCUUCUGUCUUUGAUUUCUCCAUGAACAAUGUCACAGUGACCAACCAACAAACUUCCACAGAGAGCUUGCUAGAUUACUCACAAGGUUUCUCUGCUACUUAUUAUGAGGAGAGAUCCUCGUUGCAAGACCAGUUCGGCUUUUUAGAACCAUCCCUGUCAGAAAAUGGAGUUGAAAACAACAAGCAAAUGCUUCUUCUUUACACUGGCCAAUCUUCAUGACUGUAUCCCCCAGAAGUAUUUUAAUUUAUCAUGUGACCGCUCCAUUGCAUUCUGUUCUUGACAAAUAUGGUACGGAAGGAAAGAGAUGGGGAUGAUAUAAAGAUCAGUUCUGUUUCUACUAAUAGUUAUCUCUGCAAUUCAACUUAGUGCGGCGGAAGAUACAGAAGAUCCAUGAAGGGCACAGAAUCAAUAAUGAUGUAGAAGGAAGCUGACAUCAAAAGGGAUUCUGUUCCUUUGUUUUCUUUUAUCGUAUAUUUUAACUGUCAAUGCAGUGAUAAACAACCUGAAAGGAAAAUUUGGAAAUGAACCUUUCUUUUCCUUUUUCUUUGAUA